AUGAUUACUUCAACAUUGCCGCAGGUGGCCGUGGCCUCUGGAGGUAUAUGUCCUGCAGGCUACGUCUGUCCACGAGGGACCGCGUACCCCCAGCAGCACCCCUGCCCUGUAGGAACCUGGAGCAGCACUGUGGGAGCCCAAAACCUGUCAACCUGCUGGCCCUGCCCUCCAGGACUCUACUGCAACAGUACUGGACUCAGCCAGCCCUCAGGAAUCUGUACUAUAGGCCAUUACUGUUCAGGAGGCGCCAUGUCUUCAAUGCCCUCAGACGGUGUGACAGGGGACAUUUGUCCAGUUGGACAUUACUGUCCCAUGGGCUCAACUUCUCCUCUACUCUGCCCUGAUGGGACAUAUUCGAACACUACAGGGGCAGAAGAGUGUGAUGAAUGCCUCUCAGGGACGUACUGUCUGUCAGGAGAAGGUGUCCAGCCAUGUCCAGCAGGACACUACUGUCUCGGUGGCGGUGUCGAGGGUAUCCUGCCCUGCCCUCCUGGGACAUACAACCCUCAGUUUGGCCUAAGCCAAGUGGAGCAGUGCCUCAUUUGUCCAGCAGGCUUCUACUGUGAGGACUGGGGCCUGUUUGAACCUACUGGACCCUGUCAAGCUGGUUACUACUGCAUAGCAGGUGUGAACUUUCAGAAUCCAGACGGUAACUUCAGCACAGGAGUUGGAGGAGCCUGUCCUGAGGGGAAGUACUGUCCUGAGGGGACCAGUCUCCCAUUGCCCUGUCCACCAGGAACCUACUCUGACAGUCUUCAUCUGACAGACGACACUGGCUGUAGUCCAUGUCCAGCGGGUCAGUUCUGUGGCGCUGCAGGUCUCACACGUCCAUCUGGACUGUGUCAGGCAGGAUUUUACUGUCCAGGGGGAGACACAACAGCUACAGGCUCAGAAGGAGGUCUUUGCCCACCAGCUCAUUACUGCCCCGAGGGUACCGCGAGCUCAGUGCCCUGCCCAGCUGGGGCCUACACCAACCUCACAGGCCAGGCGGUGUGUUCCCGCUGCCCUGCUGGCUACUACUGUCCAGAAAAGACUGGCGACUUCACCAAGUUCCCCUGUCCCCCUGGCUUCUACUGCCCCGAUGGUACAAGGCAUGCCACCCAGUUUCCCUGUCCUCGUGGAUACUACAACCCAGAGCCCAUGACUCAGAGUCUGGACAGCUGCCUGCCUUGUCCUCCAGGACACUACUGUGAGAAGGAGAGGCUGACCAAAGUGUCUGGGAAAUGCAAGGCUGGUUGGUUCUGUGUGUCAGCAGCGUGGAACUCGCAGCCUUUUGAUCUGGACAAUUACACAAAUGCCAACUGUCUUUGUCCAGCUACAUCCACAGGGGGGCGCUGCCAGGUGGGCUUUUACUGCCCCUUAGGUAGCUCAGAGCCUCUGCCUUGUCCACCUGGAACCUUCUGUAACAUCUCAGGUUUGGCUCUGCCGAUGGGUCCCUGCUUCCCUGGGUAUUACUGUAUAGGAGGAGCCACUGAGGCUAGACCAACAGAUGGAGAAACAGGCAGCAUCUGUCCACCUGGGGCAUACUGUGUUGAGGCAUCAGGAAAGCCAGAGUUGUGUCCAGCUGGUGCAUUCUCCUCAGUGCCAGGCCUAAACAGUGAGGCUGGCUGUCAGCCCUGUACCGCAGGUUUCUACUGUGGAGGAGCAGGUCUCAGGGCUCCGACUGGACCCUGCAGCCAAGGCUAUUGGUGUCCACCUGGUCAGAUGGUGGCUACAGCUCUGCCAUGUCCUCCAGACCACUUCUGCUCACAGGGCAGUGCAGCUCCAGCGCCCUGCCCAUCAGGAACCUACCAGGACAGAGAGAAACAGGCAGCCUGUGCUGUCUGUGAGGCAGGUUACUACUGUGAUUUGCGACUAGCCAAUGCCUCUUAUCCGAGGCCUUGCCCUAAAGGACACUACUGCCUUGCAGGUACGGCCCUGCCCAACCAACACCCCUGCCCCAUAGGCUCCUUCAACCCGAGACAGCGGACUCACAGCCUCGCAAGCUGCACGCCAUGCGCUGCUGGGCAGUACUGUCCUUCUGUGGGACUGUCAGAGCCGGCAGGACCAUGCCUGGCUGGUUUUUGGUGUAGAGAGGGAGCAUCCUCUCCCAGCCCACUGGAUGGACUCUCAGGUUCCCUAUGUCCACCUGGUCAAUACUGCCCCUCAGGCACCACAGCUCCCGUGGCCUGCCCUGAAGGAAGCUGGUCAAACAGCUCAGGCCUGCGUAUACAGGAGGACUGCAAACCCUGUCUGGGGGGGUUUUACUGUGACUCUAACGGCCUCACUAGACCUAGUGGACCCUGCAGUGGGGGAUAUUACUGUGUAGAGGGAGCCGUCACAUCCACCCCUACUGAUGGACUUACAGGGGGACCUUGUCCUGAGGGUUACUACUGCCCAGACGGAACUGUUCAACCCGUGCCGUGUGAUCCAGGGACAUAUGUUGCUGUCACACAUGCUACCCAGUGUGAACCCUGUGUGCCAGGCUGGUACUGUGUGUCUGGCUCUCUUUACUUGUGUCCUGCAGGCUUUUACUGCCCUGAAGGAACUGGCUUUGACUUAAGAGGCUGUCCAGAGGGAAGUUACGGUCCUGACCCUGGCUACUGGUCUGUGUCUCAAUGCAGGCGGUGUGACAGCGGCCAUUACUGCUCUUCCAGAAAUGGCACAGCUGUCACUGGACCAUGUCGGGAAGGAUAUUACUGCUCACAUGGAAACACCUCUCCACAUCCUCUCUCACAGGCUGCAGAAGAGGGAGGGCCAUGUCCUGCCGGUCAUUACUGCCCCCAGGCCACCGUCCAUCCUCUGCCCUGUCCACGUGGAACCUUUUCUAAUCGCACCAAAUUAGUCUCCCAGGAGGAUUGCCAGCCAUGUCUCCCCGGUUACUAUUGCGAUGCUGCGGGGCUCUCAGUGCCUUCAGGACGAUGCUGGGAAGGUUUCUUUUGUCUGGAGGGUGCAGAUCGCCCUGACCCUCCUUUGAGAGACAGGCAGGGAGGACCAUGCCCAAAAGGUUAUUACUGUUCUGAGGGCUCGGUGGCGCCGCAGCAGUGCCCCGUGGGAACCAUCAGUACAGAAGACGGCAGAGCCAGCUGCAGCGCCUGUCCCCAGGGUUUUUAUUGUCCUGGCAGCCGUAAUGGCUCUCUGUCGAGGACUUAUGAGUGUCCAGUGGGUCAUUACUGCCCGUCCGGGACCUGGUCCAAACACCAGUACCCGUGUCCAGCUGGAUCCAUCAACCCCCACACUCGGAUGGCACAACCACAGGACUGCUUGCCCUGUCCUCCAGGCUCCUUCUGUUUGUCCCCUGGGAAGGGUGUUGCAUCAGGCCGGUGUGGUGCAGGGUACUACUGCCUCUCUGGGGCCCGGUUAGCCACACCAGAGGACGGAGGAACGACCGGUGACAGAUGUCCUGAAGGUCAUUACUGUCCCCAGGGCUCCGCGGCGCCACUGCCCUGUCCCCUAGGACAUUACAGCAACAAUUCCAGAAACAGUUAUCUCUCCGACUGCCUGCCUUGUCCUCCAGGUUUCCUGUGUGUCACCAGAGGGCUCUCUUUCCCUUCUCAUAUCUGUCCAGCUGGCUCUUUCUGUCCAGGUGGAGAAAACAGCAGCCAGCAGGCCUCUAUACCCUGCUCAUCUGGAAACAUGUGCCCACCUGGAUCUGAUAGGCAGGUACCCUGCUCGCCAGGGACCUACCAGGAUUUACCCGGACAGGCAGAGUGUGUUAAAUGUCCAGCAGGAUUUUACUGCGCUGGCUCACUGGUUGCUGACACUGGCCAUGUGUCUAGUACUCCCACUCCCACACUGUGUCCUAAAGGACACUACUGCCCACCAGGAACGCAGUCUGGUGUAGCAUUCCCAUGCCCAGCUGGCGCCUUCAGCAGGCAGAUGGGGUUGUCCAAUAAGUCGGGCUGCGAGCUCUGCCCUCCAGGGAGAUAUUGCAGUUCCUCUGGACUGGCUGCUCCCACUGGGGACUGUUCUCCCGGUUACCUCUGUAUCCACGGUGCUGUUUCUGCCCAGCCAGAGGAGGGCCCGACAGGAGGCCGCUGCUUUGCAGGGUCUUAUUGCCCCCAGGGUACCAGCUAUAUGGUACCCUGCCCUGCAGGCACCUUCAGCUCCAUACACGGGGCCGUUUCUGUAGAAGUAUGUCAGCCCUGUCUGUCUGGCCACUACUGCGCUGAGGUUGGCCUCUCCUCUUCAUCUGGGCCCUGCAACCCAGGCUUCUACUGCAUAGAGGGAUCCAGGACGGCCACACCAUGGGGUAAUACCACAGUUACAGGAGAUACCACAUCGUCCUCCCCACUUCCUGGCGAUUCAACCUCGGGUCAGGUCCAUGGUGGUGUGUGUCCUACAGGGCACUAUUGUCCUAAAGGGAGUGCAAAGCCAAGUCCCUGUCCUCCAGGCACUUUCUUGGGGAGGUCUGCAGCUGAGUCUGCGGCUGACUGUGAAGCUUGUUACCCAGGUUCCUACUGCCCCUCGUGGGCUCAGACCUCUGCCGACCUUCUCUGUCCCCCGGGGUGGUUCUGUCCAACAGGAUCAGUGUCUGGACAUCAGCCAGGAUGUCAGUGCCCGUCUGGCCAUGCGUGCGCACAUGGUAGUGCUGAGCCGGCCAUCUGUAGUGCUGGCACUUUUCAAUCUUCAUCUGGACAGUCCACGUGUAACACCUGCCCACCAGGUUUCUACUGUACAGAGGGUUCAUCUGUGCCCUCUCCGUGUCCGGUGGGCAGUGUCAGUCCAUCAGCUGGCAGGACGUCCCUGACUGACUGCUCCCCCUGCCCCUCUGGCUCCUUCUGUAACAGCAGUGCUCUGACAGAGCCGUCUGGACCCUGCAGCCCAGGACAUUUUUGCUCCCUGGGGUCCACUGAGCCUUCCCCUGUCUCCCAGCCUUAUGGAGAUGUUUGUCCCGUGGGACACUUCUGUCCUCAGGGUAGUGGGUCACCCAAACCCUGUCCUGCUGGCAGCUUCCUCCCAGUGCCUGGAGUGUCCUCCCCGUCUUACUGCCACCGUUGUCCCCCGGGGAAAUACUGCCUCAGCCCUGGAGGUUCACAGCCGACAGGUCUGUGUUUUGCAGGUUUCUUCUGCUCUGGAGGUGCAGAUAGCCCCACACCUCGAGCCAGCCCCUCUUUAUUCAGCUGUCUUUGUGAAAUACUGGAGGUUUAUACCGCAAAGACAGACGCUGCCCUCUGGAUCCACAAUCUGUCCUGCUUCAAUAGCUCCAGUAAUUCUGGGAGAGACGGUAACUGGAUCGAAGCGGAAACGCCGCCACGGGCAGACUCAGACCAUAUUGUGACUCACUCACUGCCGUGUCUCAAGAGUCCACAUUAUUCCUGCUCCACCUACAGAGGAGAUAUAUGCCCUAAGGGUUUCUAUUGUCCUAUGGGCUCUUCCUACCCCCAGCCUUGUGAGGCUGGCUCUUACUGUAACCAGACUGGUGGAGAUGCCCCAGCAGGGCCCUGUGCUGCAGGAUAUCACUGCCCCAAAGGCUCUUUAAACCCCCAUGCCACCCCUUGCCCCACCGGACACUACUGCCCCACUGGAACUCCUCUUCCUCUGCCCUGUCCUGUUGGGACCAUGAAAAGCUCCCUCGGUGGGUCUACAGUGGAGGCUUGCCAGCAGUGUCCUCCAGGUCACUACUGCCACCAGAGAGGAACGGCUGAGCCAAGUGGCCAGUGUGCAGAAGGCUACUACUGUCCUGAGGGACAGAGCUCUGAGAGACCACAACAACAUGUCUGCUCUGUGGGACACUGUUGUGAGAAGGGCAGUGUCAGACAGACUGCCUGCCUCCCAGGCAGCUACCAGCCCAGACAAGGCCAGGGCAGCUGUGAGACAUGUCCCGCUGGCUUCUAUUGUCCAGAUCAAGGAAUGAGCCUUCCACUUCAAUGUGACAGAGGGUUUUAUUGUCCCAGCGGAUCAGCGAAUCAACAUCCCUGUCCAGCAGGAACCUACGCAAACACGUCAGGACUGGUUGAGGAAUGGCAGUGCUCCCCUUGUGAUCCCGGGAUGUACUGCAAAGGAACAGGGAGGACUUUCCCCAGUGGGCCAUGUGCUGCAGGGUUUGUUUGCGUUGGCGGAGCCUCUGAAUCUAUACCACUCGACAGUCUGACUGGAUUCCCGUGUCCUCUCGGCUUCUUCUGCUCUGUGGGGACUUCUGUAUCGAAACCAUGCCCGAAAGGAACCUUCAGUGAGCAGAGCGAGCUUGUGGAUGAGUCUCAGUGUCGUAGCUGCCGUCCUGGCUCCUACUGUUCAGAGACCGGCCUCUCUGCAGUCUCGGGACCCUGCCUGCCAGGUUUCUACUGUCUGGAGGGAUCCCAGACUGCUACUCCAAUGUCAAGUGUAUCUGGAGGUGUUUGUCCAGCAGGUUACUACUGCGCCGAGGGCAGCAGUAUACCCUCGCCAUGCCCAGCUGGCUCUUACCAAAAUGAGACUGGAGGAAAAGGCAAAGAUUACUGCAAAACAUGCCCUCUUGGCUGGUUCCAGGAUUUAUCAGGCCAGAAAGAGUGUAAUCCUUGUCCUCCCGGGUUCCACUGCCAGUACCCGAGUAGCAGCCCCACCAGGGGGAGCUCCACUGGAGUCUCCAGCCCUCUGCCCUGUCCUGCUGGCUACAUCUGUCCCAGGGAGAGUCCAGACAGUCAGCCUCUUCCCUGCCCCAAAGGCACCUACAGCCCCAGCCACGGCCUCACCACCACAGGUGAGUGCCUAGUGUGUCCAGCGGGUCAGUUUUGUGGAUCUGAAGGUUUGGUUGAGCCUUCAGGACCGUGUGCCGCUGGGUUUCUUUGCCUGACGGGUGCCACAGUGCCGAACCCGACUGAUAACAGAACUGGAUCUCUCUGUCCACCUGGGAUUUUCUGCCAACAGGGGCAAAGAGCAGGUGAUUGCUGGGCAGGGUUUUAUUGCGACUGGGGCUCUAGCGGAGCAGAUAAGACUCUGUGCCCAGCUGGUUUCUUUUGCCCCAGAGGGACACCAAUCCCCAUGCCUUGUCCUGCAGGAACAUUUAGCUCUGAAACAGGCAACACACUUCAAGACAACUGCACCACCUGUGCCCGUGGCUACUACUGUCAAGUUGAAGGUACUGUACAGCCCGCACUGUGUCCCGUUGGAUACUUCUGUCCUCCAGGACUGACUCUAGGACUGGAGUUCCCCUGCCCACCCGGCACUGUGCAAAGCCAGCUCGGAGCCUCCAGUCCUGAUGCCUGCCUGCCCUGCCCUGCUGGAAUGUUCUGCUCUCAGCCUGGUCUGUCACAGCCAACGGGACUCUGUGAGGCAGGAUACUACUGUCCUGCUGGAUCAACCAGCCCUAACUCUUCUGAGUAUCAGAGGAAUUCUACCAGAAGCCUCCGUUGUCCUUCUGGGCAUUACUGCCCCUCUGGCACUGGCUAUCCUCUUCCCUGCCCAACAGGCUCUCUCUCUGUCUCCCGAGCACUGAAGGGAGUUGACGGAUGCCCACCGUGCCCCCCUGGACUGUUUUGUGACAGGCCUGCAAUAGCAGAGCUCUCAGAUGCUCUCCCAUGUCAUGCUGGGUAUGUGUGUCUGGGUGGCAGCUCCAGUCCCAGCCCGUCUGAUGGUUCCCAUGGCUACCUCUGCCCCGCCGGCUAUAGCUGUCCUGUUGGCUCAGCAAGUGAGCUGCCCUGUGAGCCUGGCACUUACAGUCCUACCCCCGGAGCAGCCCGCUGUAUAAUAUGCCCCCAAGGGUCCAUGUGUUCCUCCUCAGCCACUCAAGAGCCCUCUGUCUGCCCAGCUGGUCAUUUUUGUCCUGCUGGGACAUCCCUGCCUCAGCUCUGCCCUUUAGGGACAUUCAGCAACCAGACAGGAGCUUUUUCUCUCUCUGCCUGCUCACCCUGUCCUUCUGGAGCGUACUGUAGCUCACAUGGAGCCUCAGCACCACAAGGUUCUUGUUUGCAGGGUUAUUUCUGUCAAGGUGGAGCCAUGGAGCCAACACCGCAGAGCUCUGACAACUCCCCCAGGAACGGCCCUUGCCCCGUGGGUCACUACUGUUCAGCAGGGUGCCUCUCCCCAAUCCCAUGCCCUCUUGGCAGUGUUCGCAACACCACCGGAGGGGUGUCCAUGGAGAGCUGCUCUGCAUGUCCUGCUGGUCACUACUGCUCCACUGAGGGUCUGGCCCAGCCCACUGGCCCCUGUGCUACUGGUUUCUACUGCCCUUUUGACUUCUCUUCAUCCACUCCAUACGCCUUCCUCUGUCCCAAGGGUCACUACUGUCCAGAAGGCUCUGCCCUGGCCUUGCCUUGUCCCACAGGGGAGUACCAGCCGAACCCGGGCUCAGAUAGCUGCAUCCCGUGCCGACCUGGGUUCUACUGUGAGGAGGCCAUAGUGGGAGAUCCCUGGCCCUGCCCACCACACUCAUUCUGCCCUGCAGGCACAAUGGUGCCUCAGCCCUGUCCUAAUGGAACAUACACGCAUUCAAACCAGGGAGGGCUACAAGAAGAGAGAGAGUGUUUACCGUGCCCUUCAGGGAGGUUCUGCAGGGCCGGUAGGAUCCAGGGUGUGUGUGCUGCGGGCUAUCUUUGUGUUUCUGGGAGUGCAGAUUUCACCCCUCAGGGACCAAUGUCUAAUCUGACCCAGUGCCAGUGGGGCAUGCAGUGUGCUGGACCAUGUCCUCCAGGUUUCUACUGUCCUGAGGGCACAGAGGAGGCUGAGUUGUGUCCUGCAAAUACCGUCAGAAGCUCCCCAGGAGGUGCCAGCCUACAGGACUGCUUACCCUGCCCACCUCAGUACUGGUGUAAACCUGGAGACCCAGUCCUUCACCUGUGUCCUGCUGCACAUUACUGUGAUGGUCUGCCUGGCAGUGACUUCGACGGAGGGACAGGACCCAGGCCGUGUCCGCUGUAUACCUAUCGAUCUUCUGCUGGAGCAGGCAGCAAGGGUGACUGCCUGCCCUGCCCUCCUGGUUCACACUGUAACAGCACAGGGCUUACAGACUACUCCAACAGUCCCUGCCCUCCUGGUUUCUGGUGCAGUGGGUCCGGACCCCCCAUCCUCUGCCCCGCAGGCACCAAGAGGCCCCUUCCUGGAGCUGCUGCACUCAGCCAGUGUGAGCCCUGUGCAGGAGGAACCUUCUGCCCAGAUCCUCGAGCUACAGGGAAGCCCAACGUAGAGGGAAUCCCCUGCAGGGCCUCUUAUCAAUGCCCCUUGGGUGCAGUCUCAGAGAGGCUGUGCAGAGCUGGCUCAUACUGUGGACCUCAGACUGCUGAGCCUCAAGUCUGUCCUGAAGGGUAUUUUUGUCCUGAGGGAUCCCAUUCCUACCACACCCCCAAACAACUCUGUCCGUUUCCCUACCACUGCCCAGCCAACAGCUCUUCCAUGAAGUCCUGCAAAGGGGGUUCAAUGCCUGUCAACACCAGCGGGCUCAGAGGAUCCAAAAGCAGCUGUUGUCGUAUGUGCGAGGGCGGCACCUAUCGUCCGUACCUCUCCCCCAUCCCACAAUGCCUUGCAUGUCCAUCAGGAUACUUUUGCCCCCCAGGUUCAGACUACUACAAAAGUAACUCCUGCCCUGUUGGGUAUGUCUGUCCCAUGGAAUCCACCCAACCAACACCCUGCCCCCCUGGCUCCUUUGGUAACCUCCCUCGUGCUGAAUCAAUGGGUGACUGUCACCCAUGUCCAGCUGGCACCUUCAACCACCUGCCUGCUCAGAAGGCCUGCUUUCCCUGUGGAAGCUCCUCCACCUCAACAGCAGGUUCUCCUUCUUGUACCUGUAUCGGUAAGAAUCGUGCAUUCCAGCCCUCGGAUGGUUCGUGUUUGUGCAGAACCGGUUUCAUCUUCUACAAUGAACUGGAUUUCAAAAGCUCUGCCUCUGACAGUGAACUGGACUGCCAGCCUGAGGCGAACAGACGAUGUGCCACGGGACAGGUACGUCUGGCAGCAUCCAGAGAGUGUGUGUCACCUUCCCUCCACUCCUGUAAUAUCACCUGUGGACGACAUGGAGGAACUCUGGAUGUGGAGAUGGGCAUCUGCCAGUGUGAGCGAUACGUGUCUGCUGAAGAGCUCUGCAACACUUCCUGCCUCUCCAGACUACCUCAGCUCUCUGCCCAGCUCUCGCCAGAUGGCCACCUGCUGCUCAGCCUCAGAGAAAGAGACAAGAUGGUCUGGGCCAGGACUGUAAUGAACAUUUUAGGACCAGAUAUCCACGCAAGGAGUAUUGGUAAAAUCCAUUUGGUCCAGUUCGACCCUGAAGGGGUGUUUGGUUGGAUUCCCACACAGAGAGAGCUCAUCAAUCAGUUUCUGUCAGAACCAAUAGAACUCCUAAAUAAAAGACCCAGAAGGAGGAGAGACACUGAAGACGAUGAUGCUGUCCUUCCUCGUAUCCCCAACCCCGUCGUCUGUCUGUCCUCUGGGGACAUGCUCAUUUUCCAUCUCACCAUCAACCACACUGACCGCCGCCUCAGCCACUUCCCAGUGUAUCAGAAAGACCACCUGUUUAACAGUAACCCCAGCUGGGACUUUGGUGCCUUCAGACGUCUGCAGAUACUCAUGAAGCAGACAAACUUCAACUCUACAAGGUUUGCACAUGUGUUUUCAGAAGCAGGGAAGUAUGUGUUUGUUGACAGUGCUGUCCCAGAGUGGAGUAUGGUGGUGGUGGUCAGUGAGGAGGGUACAGAGUGUGACCCUCGGGCCUCCGUCUUUCAGCCCAUGACCCCGGCACAGCUGGUCAGAUAUGGGAUUGUUAAGCAGCACAGACUCAAUCUUCUACCUGACUGGGGAGUGAUAGCAGGGAUCCUGAGUCUGCUGCUGGUUGUAGUUGUGGUUUUGACCACCACAGUGCUGGUUCUGCGACCUGGCAAAGCAAAACUUGUCUCACAGUGGAGGACUAAGCCAAAGUGGCGCAGCCUUGGGGAGCCCUUCUGUCCAGUGGAUUGUGUUUGCAGUGGAGACAGCACAGUUGUCCCAAGCCUUGGUGGCUUCCUAGGCAGCAGGGGUGUAGGAGAGGGAGCAGAAGCUGAGGAGCCUGCUGUUUCAAAAGGAGGAAGUGUGUCAGGGCGCUUUGAUUUGGAGGAGUUAAAUGUGAAGACUCUGUAUGACAAACUAGAGGACCAGAACCUGCACAUCGCCUCACAACUGGCCCGACACCGCAAAGACACACAGGAGUUUUAUAGAAACAUUUGCCAACAGACUGAAACAGUCAAGAACGUCUUUGACAAUAUGGAUCAUAAAAAACUGAGUCUUCUUAAGGACCUGCUAGUUAAUAAUGCAAUGAGGGAUAAACCAUCUAACAGCAGUGCUGGAGAGAGAGAUACACAAGCUGAGGCCUCUAUACCGUUACUUGGAGCUGUUCUCAGGUCAGUGGAAGCUCUCUUAUGCAGGCUGACAGGAGAAGCUUGGCAGAACCAAGAUUUGCCCGGUCCCCCAUACUGUCAUACUGGUCCUCAUGAUGCCAGGGAAUGUGAGCCGCAAACUGGAUACACACAGCCCAGCGACACCAACAUGUGUUACACACAGUUUUCAUCAAUGAAUAUGACCAAAGCAGAGCCGGUCCAUCUACAGAGCACAGCUCCUUGUCUCAGUGACCACGACCUGUCCAAGCUGGUCAGCAUAUCUCCUCUAUUCAAGACCCUGCAGGAGAUCCAACAGUCUUUACAGAGCCUCACCACAGCUGAGUCGAAUCAGCCUCUCCACAAUGCAGCUACAGAGCACCAGGGGAACCACAGUGGGCAACUUAUCCCGACUGCCCUGGACAACCUCUCACCUCAACACUCGGCCGUUUUCCUGUUUGGUUGCCAGGUCAUGCAGUUGCUUGCAAACUGCCCCUUGUUUCCGUCUGUGCUUCUGCUACUGGCCAAGUCAAUCCCCGUUUCUUCAUCUUCCUCUAAUGAGGCUCUGCUGCCACAUUGCUCAAGGGACUUUUAUUUCGAUGCAACCAAUCAAAUCCUUUAUCUGUCAGAGGCAAAGCUUCAGCACGUGGGACAUUUCAUCGCAACUAUUCUGCAGUCCAUGGCCUACAUAGCAUCAGGAUCUAAACCCCAGAGCUUUGUGCAAGCUCUCCAUGAGGCCGUUUCAGCUUUGAGCCUUCAGCUGUUCAACUUUUCUUUCAAAUGGAGCACAGCAGAGUCAAUAUGUGAUGCUUCAGAGGGGCGGCACGGUGCAUUAGUGGAGGAGUUUCUCAACAUUAGAGUUCCCACUGAAGCGCAGUUCACUGAGCACCUAUUAGCUAACAGACUUCAGAAAUACAAAUGUUUCAAGUUAGAGCAGCUCAUCACGAACCUCAAACAGAGUUCAACUGAGGACACAGACACAGGUUUGCCACCAAAAGGGACACCGAUGCAGAUGUCCUGCAUAGAGGAAGAAGUUGACCGCAUGAAUGAGUCUUUCUUGCAGCUGAGCGUGCAGCUACAGAAGAGGGCUCAAAUGAGCACAUGGUUGAAGGAGAGAGAGAACAGUGCUGGCAGCCAUUCUGCGAGGGCAACACCAACAAGCAUGCCAACCCUGAGUCGUAAUGGAACAACCCUGCUGGAACUGAAGAGACGCUACGUAUCACAGCGCCUCAAUGAGCUCCAAAUCACAUUAGGCCAGAUCAGACAGAGCCAGCAGCAUGACAGCAAGUCAAGAGACGGGACAAGGAGCAGUACACAAACAGACAGCAGCACCACUCAACAGGCGCAGAGGGAGCUUUAUCCUGGCGUAGAUGGCUGCAGUCCCGCUGGCGGCCAGUGGCAGGACGAUAUUCCAGCUAGCGAGAGUCACAGCCAACAAACAGUAGAGUGCAGAGAUCUUGGUAGCUAUAAACUGGAGAGUCAUAUUUCUGACCAGCAGACAAGUGACACCGUCCAGAGCAACAACCCUGACACUUCACUGGACUGCCAGAUGCUGGAGAGCCAAGAUCGGCUUAAUGUCCAGGAAAGCAGGAGCUAAACAGGCAGAUCAGAAAAGACAAUACAGAUAUCAAUGACAUGUGGAGGCCUACUGAUCAGAAACUGGAUCUGAAUGUAGAUCAACACUGAGAAAUGUGUUGUUUUUAUCCAGUUCUCACCAUUACCUCUCUCGCCCUUUUUGUGCUUUAGCUUUAAAAUAGCUCUAUAAUCUACGUACAGUAUGAUACUCUGUCUUGUUUGUUGAGCGACGAUCUGAGUGACCUUUGUCUUAAUUAACAGCUGUGUUCUUUUUAAUCAUCUGUGAUCCUGAACAGAAAUAAUUUCUGGCAAACAAGCAGCGGUGUGGCGCAAUCUGUCAUCUUGUCCAAAUAGUUUCACAUGCAGGAGUUAAUACUGGCCUUCAAGACAGAAGCUCUGUUCAUUACCAUAUUCUAAUUAAGACAAUAAACUUCAGCUGAACGAACA